CCGCCCUCUUUUAAAACCGUACCCGCAUUCAGGGUAUGCGUCUGCAAUUGGCGGGUUAGAUAGCAAGUCUGUGAAAUUGGGGUUCUCAUUUGUGCGUUGAAGGCGUUAUAACCAAUCAGGAAGCAAGGUGGGAUUUUUUUGUGCGGAAUACGGGUGUGUGUGAGGGUGGCACAUGCGCGUUCCGGAGUUCUUGGCUGUGAGCAGAGGGGCGGAUAAGCGGCGGCGGCGGGUGAGGAGAAGCAGCAGGCAGCGUUAGGGAUCGUUCUCGGCCGCUUCCGACAUGGCCGGACAACAGUUCCAGUACGACGACAGCGGCAACACAUUUUUCUACUUUCUCACGUCCUUCGUGGGCUUAAUUGUCAUCCCGGCCACCUAUUACCUCUGGCCGCGGGAUCAGAAUGCAGAACAAUUGCGGCUGAAGAGCUUGAGAAGAGUUCACGGCAGAUGUCUGUGGUAUCGCCUCAGGCUUAUGAAAUCACAGCAGAGCAUCAUCCCAACACUAAAAAAAGCAGCCCUGCUCUUUGGUUGGGCGGUAUUUAUCUUCCUGGCUUAUAAGGUGUCUAAAUUAGAUCGUGAGUACCAGGAAUACAACCCUUUCGAGGUCCUGAGUCUUGAUCCGGGUGCAUCAGUGUCGGAAAUCAAGAAGCAGUACAGAGCGUUGUCGCUAAAAUACCACCCUGAUAAGGGAGGAGAUGAGGUCAUGUUCAUGAAGAUUGCUAAAGCGUAUUCAGCUUUAACCAAUGACGAGUCGAGGAAAAACUGGGAGACUUAUGGCAACCCGGAUGGCCCUAGAGUCACAAGUUUUGGAAUCGCUCUUCCUGCAUGGAUCGUUGAUCAGAAGAACUCCAUGCUGGUGCUGCUAGUGUAUGGUUUAGCCUUUAUGGUCAUUCUUCCAGUAGUUGUGGGUACGUGGUGGUACCGUUCCAUUCGCUACAGCGGCGAUCAGAUCCUCAUUAACACCACGCAGCUCUUCAUGCACUUUAUGUACAAAACACCCACGAUGAACAUGAAACGGUUGGUGAUGGUGCUGACGGCAGCCUUCGAAUUCGACCCACGUAGCAACAAAGAGGCUAUCAUCCGGCCCACGGACAACAUCGAAGUUCCGCAGCUGAUCCGGGAGCUGGGAAACAUUAACGUGAAGAAGAAAGAGCCUCCGUUUUGUUACCCCUACAGUCUGAAAGCUCGCGUACUCGUCCUCACACACCUUGCACGGAUGGAGGUGUCUGAGAAUAUCGAAGAAGACCAGAGGUUCGUGGUAAAAAAGUGCCCGGCUUUGCUUCAGGAGAUGAUCAACGUGGGUUGCCAGCUCACAAUGAUGGCCACCAGCAGAGGCGGAUUCCGUGCUCCCAGACUGUCCUCCAUCGAGAACUGCAUGAAGCUGACUCAGAUGGUGGUGCAGGGUCUUCAGGAGGCCAAGUCUCCUUUACUGCAGCUGCCCCACUUUGAAGAAGAGCACCUCAGAUACUGCAUCUCCAAAAAGUAUAAGGUACGGAGUGUUCAGGACCUUGUGAGUCUGAAAGACUCGGACAGGAGGAACAUGUUGAGGUUUCUCGGAGAGGAGAAGUAUGACGAGGUGAUAGCCGUCCUCGGAAGCUUCCCCCACAUUACCAUGGAAACCAAACUUCAAGUUCUGGACGAUGAAGACAGCAAUAACAUCACUGCAGGAUCUAUCGUCACGGUUACGGUCACCUUGAUACGCAAGAGGAUGUCUGAGGUUUUUGAGAAGGAGCAGGAGGCUCCAUCACCUGCGGAGGAGGCCAACGCGGAGGAUGCGCAAGGUGACGGCGCAAAGAACAAAAUGAAAGUCUGGCAGAACAAGAGUAAAGGUGCGAAAAAAGCAGCCAAGUCCAAAAAGAAGAAACUGACUAAGAAAAAGCCGGCGCCUCAGCAGCAAGGCAAAGGAGACAAAGCCAAACAGGCCAAUGGCAACGUGGCAGGAAAUGAACUGGCUGCAGCAGCCAAAGAGGAAGAUGAAGAUCUUUCCGACAAGGGCAGCGAAUCGGACGAAGCCGAGGCAAACAAGGACUCUCCGAGCGAACGAGACGACGAGAGCGACAAACAGAGCGACACUGAGGCAGACGAGGUCACGGGAGACGAUGAAGAGGAGUGGGAGGCCCUUCAGCAGAGCAUCCAGCGGCGAGAGCGAGCCUUGCUGGAGACCAAGUCGAAGAUCACGCAUCCUGUGUACAGUUUGUACUUCCCAGAGGAGAAGCAUGAGUGGUGGUGGCUUUACAUUGCCGACCGUAAGGAUCAGACGCUAGUGUCCAUGCCCUACCACGUCUGUACUCUGAAAGACACAGAGGAGGUCGAGCUGAAAUUUCCUGCUCCAUCCAAAACAGGGAACUAUCAGUAUUCAGUGAUUCUGAGGUCGGACUCCUACAUGGGACUGGAUCAGUUUAAGCCGCUGAAGUUGGAGGUUCAUGAAGCGAAGGCCAUGGUGGACAACCAUCCCCAGUGGGACAUCCCAGAAACCGAGGAAGAGGAGGAGGACCAGGAGGACAGCGACGGAAUCGAGGAGUCGGAAGAUGACGACGAAGACAACGACUAAUCCUGACAAACCCAUAUGAGCUGACUGUCUCUCUCUCACAUACACACUUUGCAGUUCGAAAGCGUCGCCAUACACAACACAGUGUAAACACAAACGUGACAUUUUAGACGUGGCCCACUACUUUUUUUUUUUUUUCCUUCUUUUUUUUGUGUGUUCAAUAUGAAAUCCAAAAUGGCUGCCGAGGGGUCUAUUUUUUUGAAGGCUGUUUCAAGAGAACAAUAAAACACACUGAUUCCCUCGAAACAGACACCUCAUGAUCAUUUUUUAGUUAUAAAAAUCUUUUUUUCUCACGUUUGCAGUAUAAUAAACUGACCAUGUACUCGGGAAGGUGUACGUAUUAA